AGUCAUUGACAAAUGGCAAAAAAAUAAUAUUGAAAUAUUGUGUUUAUCUUGUUACAAAUAGAGAUAACAUAGAUUUUUAAAGGCUUUUAUUAAUUGGUUUUACAUGUAAAGUUCCUAUGUAAAUCAAUUACACAGUAUUAAAACCGCAUCUCUACGGAAAACUUUUGCUCAAUACUUUAAAAUGAGUGAAGAAAACAAAAUUGUAUUAGUAACCGGGGGCUCCGGACUGGUCGGACAAGCUAUAAAAGAAGUGAUAGAAAAAGAACGUCAAGAUAAUCCAAAAUGUGAUAGUGAGACUUGGAUAUUUUGUAGUUCUAAAGAUGCAGAUUUAAGAGACAAAGCACAAACAUUGUCAUUGUUUGACAAACACAAGCCCACACAUGUUAUCCACUUAGCUGCUAUGGUGGGGGGACUGUUCCACAACAUGGCACAUAAUUUGGAUUUUUUUAGGGAGAAUAUGGCAAUAAAUGACAAUGUCCUGUACGCUAGCUACAAAUACAAUGUGAAGAAAGUUGUCUCCUGUCUGUCUACAUGUAUCUUUCCUGACAAAACAACAUAUCCCAUUGAUGAGACUAUGGUGCACAAUGGUCCACCACAUUCCUCUAACUUUGGCUAUAGUUAUGCAAAGAGAAUGAUUGACAUUUUAAACAGGGGCUACGGCGAGCAGCACGGC